AACAGCUCGCUGUCGAGAAAUAUAUUUACUUGGCUGAUUUUAGCUAUGAAAGAAACCAGAUAACGCCACAUUUGAUGGGCAAACAAUUGCUAGAUACUUGUAAAAAAAAAAAGAAGAAGUUAUUAGCAAGCUUUGCAAAGAAGGAACAUGCAGGUUUCUUAGUUGUAGCGUUUUGCGAAAGUUGUGGUGACAUUAUUUUAUGUGCUGCUAACGUUGCUACGUUACCUCCUCUAACUAACGUUAGCUGACUUCGACCAGUUCUUGAAACGGUUACAAAGUUAAAUUUGUUUAAAUACGGCAAUCACUAGUAUGUAGAGGAUAACAUAAUUUCUUUACAUUCUUCAACAUGGAAACUCAGAAGUCUUUGCAUAAUAAGAAGCUGACCAAGAUCCCUGACAGUCCAAACCGCCUCCUACCACAACUUCCACAGAUCCGCUCCAAACCCCAGUGGCAGGAGACAGCUCCUGCCUUUGUCCUGCAGCCGCCAGUCAGAGGAGAGUCCCAUGGCUUUGGGGCGGCAGUUAGACUGUCCAGAGAUGUGCUGGGUGGAGGGUCGGGGACCAGGCGUUACCAGAGCCUGAGCAGAGGCCUGGAGGACUCCCAGAGCAGAGAGGCUGGCCUGUCAUCAGAGUCCUCCAAACAUCGCAGCAGUAGCCACACUCAGCCCAAAAAAGACCGGGAGCAGUUCCGCAGUGCCCUGGUCGGCAUAAUCCUGCAGCAUGAGUCUGCCAGUGGCAAAACCAUUGUGGAGGACAGUCAGCCCCCUACCUGUGGGUCCCCCACAGCUACAGAGAAGGAUAUCCUGAGAUAUUACUAUUACAUCCGCAAUGGGAUCGACACAGAGCAUGUGGCAGCCAUGGAGGACUCUUGGCUGGAGAAUGUUCUGGACCUGGUGCCCACUCACCUGAAGAGGCUGACUAGGACCAUAGAGCUGCUAUCAGACGAGAUGAAGGAGGACUACCUGCUCAGUGUGAAGAAAGCCAUCGUGGAUUUCGUACUUCGGGACCCGAGGGAAAACGAUGAAGACAAGGUCAAAGAUGUUCCUCCUCACAGAGUUGAAAUGGAGGUGGUCCCUAAACCAUGGAACAAAUCAUUCCUUUAUGCCCAAAAGAGGAUGAGAGACAAGCUGCAUUCCAUCAACCCCACUAUGCUAUCAGUGCUGGACCUGUGGCAUGUGUCUUUCAAGAAGAUGCGUCUCAUCGAUGUUGAGGAGUUCCAGAACAGGCAGGAGUCCAUGGAGCUCUCCAUCUUCCAGCAUCUAGUCACCAGACACAUUGAGUGUGCCAAGGACAUCCUCCUCAAAAAGUGGUUUCCCGAAGUUCAGCACAUUUACUACCAGGGGAACAAACGCAAGCUGGUCCCCAGCAACACCAACGCAGCCAAACUGCAGUCCUUCUUCAACUGUGUGGCUGCCCUGAUGGCCUCACAGCUCCAGAGUCUAGCACUGGAGUCCAUCCAGGAUUACACACACCUCAUUUCCCAGGACCCGUACUCGGUGAGGGCCUAUGAGCACCCUGGCUUUGUCCUGCGUCUGAUCCUGGAUGAGAAUGACAUCAAGUUUGAGCCUGACUUCAAAGACUUUGAGGUCAUCCUUCUCAACGUCUACGACAUCAUGCUGAAAUCCAUCAGCUUGGUGCCGCGCGUGGAGACCAAGCUCUACUCAGAAUGGCCGGGCUGCCAGAGCGGGAGCACACUCAAGCCCAUCGUCCUCCCGGAGAUCAUGCAGGCCCAGCAGGAGGAGGUGAGGAGGGUAAUCUGGGAGGAGAGCGCCGGGCCUCUGGACCAUGUGCGACUCUACGACAAGUACGCUCCCCUGGUGUCCCAGCAGGCCCAGGAUGACGUGGAGCAGUUCCUCCGCGAGCAGCAUUCCUUCCCGGAGAUCAUGAUGGAGGUCACCCGUUACCAACAGCUGGCAGAUGAGAUCCAGUACAGCUCCAGCAAGGUGGUGCGCCUGGGUAUGUUUGAAGUGCACUGCCACGAACUGAUCCGUGCCCUGGUGAAGCGUGCCGAGGGACUGCGGCAACAUCUGGUCACACAUAUGUUGGAAAACCACCAGGAAAUGAACAAGAAGCUCUGUGAUGAAUUUGAGAAGAUCGCAGACAAUGCACUGAGCACCCCUCCCAACACACAGGAACUGAUGGAGCUCAAGGCGUUUGUGGACAAGGUGGAGGCUACAGAGAUGCCCCUCCUGGAGACCAAGCUGUCAGAGUCCAAGACCCGUCUGUGUUUCCUAGUGGACUAUGUCACCUUCUCCCCUGUGGACAUGCGCCUCAACCGGCAGACCUUCCAGUGGCACACACGAAUGCCCUCCAUCUUCGAGGAGCACCGGCAGAUCACCAGGGAGAAGACAGAGCAGUACCAGGGUGGCCUUAAGCUGCGGUGUGAGAGGUUUGUGGAGGAGCUAGAGAGCUAUGCCAAGCAGGCGGAGGAGUUUGUCACCUUCGGGGACCUGUCCGAGCUCAGCAAGUACCUGAAAAAGGCACAGACCCUUAACUCCAAACUGGACACCGCCAUGGAGAAGAUCGACGGCUUCAACCAGGAGGAAGAGGCCUUCAACUGGCCCGUGUCCCAGUACCCGCAGCGCAAGAAGGUCCAGGACCGCCUGCUCCCCUUCCUCCGCCUCUACGAGACAGCCUCAGAGUUCCAGAACCAGCACCAUAAAUGGGUUCACGGGCCACUGUCCGCGGUCAACCCAGACAAGGUGGAGGGCGAUGUGGGCAACUAUUGGCGUGCUCUUUACAAGCUGGAGAAGGGUUUCGGGGAUACGCCCAAGGCUCUGCACAUUGCUAGCCGUGUUAAGGCUGAGGUGGAGGCCUUUAAGGAGCACAUCCCUCUCGUACAGGUGCUGUGUAACCCGGGGCUACGUGACCGCCACUGGAACAGCAUGUCAGCGGUGGUGGGCUUCCCGCUGCGUCCAGCCGAGGAAGGUGCCUGCGUGGCCCGCUUCCUUCCACUGCACCUGGAGGCCCACCUGGCCAGCUUCGAGGGCGUCAGCGAGGCGGCCAGCAAGGAGCACUCGCUGGAAAAGGCCAUGGAAAAGAUGGCCCUGGAGUGGGGCGACAUGGACUUUGCCCUGCUGCCCUACCGCGAGACUGGCACGUCCAUCCUGUCGUCGGUGGACGAAGUGCAGAUGCUGCUGGACGACCACAUUGUCAAGACGCAGACCAUGCGGGGCUCGCCCUUCAUCAAGCCCUUCGAGGCUGAGAUCAGGGAGUGGGAAGGCAAGCUUCUCCUGCUGCAGGAGAUCCUGGACGAGUGGCUGAAGGUGCAGUCCACCUGGCUCUACCUAGAGCCCAUAUUCAGCUCCCCAGACAUCAUGGCCCAAAUGCCAGAGGAGGGACGCCGCUUCACUGCCGUCGACAAGACCUGGAGGGACACCAUGAAGCAAGUCUCUCUGGACAAGCACGUGCUGACCGUGGUGGCCAUUGACCAGAUGCUUGAGAAGCUGAAGAAGUCAAACGAGUUCCUGGAGUUGAUCCUGAAGGGCCUCAAUGAAUACCUGGAGAAGAAGCGCCUCUACUUUCCACGAUUCUUCUUCCUGUCCAACGACGAGCUGCUGGAGAUCCUCUCUGAAACCAAAGACCCCACAAGGGUUCAGCCUCAUCUGAAGAAGUGUUUCGAGGGCAUCAACGACGUGGUGUUCACAGACGUGCUGGACAUUACCCACAUGAAGAGCAGCGAGGGAGAGGUGGUGGAGCUCCUAGAUAUAAUCUCCACCUCCAAGGCCCGCGGCCAGGUGGAGAAAUGGCUCCUAGAGCUAGAGAUGGGUAUGAUCAGCUCCCUGCAUAAGGUGAUUGGGGAGGCCAUUGAGGCAUACCCCAAGGACCUGAGGAUCAACUGGGUGCGUACCUGGCCCGGCCAGACGGUGCUGUGUGUUUCCCAGGUGUACUGGACCAAAGACAUUCACGCGGCCAUCGUCUCAGGGCAGAAGGCCCUGGAUGUCUACCUGCAGCAGAACAACAGUCAGAUCGAUGACAUUGUGAUGCUGGUGCGCGGGAAGCUGUCCAAACAGAACCGGGUCACCCUGGGUGCUCUGGUGGUACAGGAUGUCCACGCCCGAGAUGUACUAGCCACACUGGUCCAGAAAGGCAUCAGGGACGAGACUGACUUUGAGUGGCUCAGUCAGCUACGCUACUACUGGGUGGAGGACCGUCUCCAGACUAAGAUGAUCAACGCCGGCCUUGCUUAUGGUUACGAGUAUCUGGGGAACACACCACGCCUGGUCAUCACUCCACUUACUGACCGCUGCUACAGAACACUGUUUGGGGCCCUGCACUUAUACUUGGGAGGGGCACCUGAGGGCCCCGCAGGUACAGGGAAGACGGAGACGACCAAGGAUCUGGCCAAGGCUGUGGCCAAGCAAUGUGUUGUCUUCAACUGCUCCGACGGCUUGGAUUACAUCGCCCUGGGCAAGUUCUUCAAGGGUUUGCUGUCCUGUGGAGCCUGGGCCUGCUUCGACGAGUUCAACCGCAUUGACCUGGAGGUUCUAUCAGUGGUAGCCCAGCAGAUUCUCACCAUACAGAGAGGUAUUACUUCCCAUGCUGAAAUGCUGCUGUUUGAGGGGACGGAGCUAAAACUAAACCCCUCCUGUGCUGUGUUCAUCACCAUGAACCCAGGAUACGCCGGUCGCUCUGAACUGCCAGACAACCUAAAGGCUCUCUUCAGGACGGUGGCCAUGAUGGUCCCGGACUACGCCAUGAUAUCUGAGAUUGUGCUCUACUCUUGUGGGUUUGUGACUGCCCGGCCACUGUCGGUGAAGAUCGUAGCUACCUACAGGCUGUGCUCAGAACAGCUGUCCAUGCAGCACCACUACGACUACGGCAUGAGGGCCGUCAAGUCUGUGCUGACCGCCGCCGGGAACCUGAAGCUGAAGUAUCCUGAUGAAAACGAAGACAUCCUGUUGCUUAGGUCCAUCAUUGACGUCAACCUGCCCAAGUUCCUGGCUCAUGAUCUACCGCUCUUUGGGGGCAUCACCUCUGAUCUGUUCCCCGGGGUCAAACUCCCCAAACCGGACUAUCGUCUCCUGCUGGAGGCCAUCAAAGAGAACAGCGAUAAGAUGAACCUGCAGGUGACAGACUUCUUCGCAGAGAAGAUCCUGCAGAUCUUUGAGAUGAUGAUCGUGCGCCACGGCUUUAUGCUGGUGGGGGAGCCCUUUGGUGGGAAAACGUGCGCCUACCGGGUGCUGGCAGCAGCCCUACAAGACAUCUGUGAGAAGGGUUUAAUGGAUGAAAACCGGGUCCAGAUCACAGUUAUAAAUCCCAAGUCCAUCACCAUGGGCCAGCUGUACGGUCAGUUUGACCCGGUCUCUCACGAGUGGUCGGACGGCAUCCUGGCGGUCAGCUACAGGGCCUUCGCCUGCUCUCAGAGUCCGGACAGGAAGUGGCUGAUCUUUGACGGGCCGGUGGAUGCUGUGUGGAUCGAGAACAUGAACACGGUGCUGGACGACAAUAAGAAGCUGUGCCUGAUGAGCGGAGAGAUCAUUCAGAUGUCCCCGCAGAUGAGCCUCAUCUUCGAGCCCAUGGACCUGGAGGUGGCCUCCCCAGCCACGGUGUCUCGCUGUGGCAUGAUCUACAUGGAGCCUCACAUGCUGGGCUGGCGGCCCCUCAUGUUGUCCUGGCUCAACACACUGCCCACCACAGUCAACGCCAUGCACAAGGACCUCAUCACUGGUCUCUUUGACCGGAUGCUGCCGGCCUGCCUCCAGCUGAUUCGCAAGGCCACCCAGGAGCUCUCCCCGACAUCAGACACAAACCUGGUGAACUCGCUGAUGAACUUGAUGGAUUGCAUGAUGGACGAGUACAGCGAGGAGGUCAAGAUGAAGGGCAUGAAUGAGAGGGACAUCUGCUCCUGGCUAGAGGGCAUCUUCAUCUUCUGCCUGGUGUGGUCGGUGGGUGCCAGCUGUACGGAGUCCGGACGGGUGAAGUUUGACAGCCUGGUUCGAGAGAUGAUGGAGGGUGCCUUGAGCGAAGAGACACGGGCACGCCAUGGCAUCCUAGAGCAUGUGGAGUCUCCUGCCAAGCAGCUGACUGUGCCUCUGCCCACGGAGGGCACACUCUAUGAGUAUCGCUUCAUUAAAGAGGGCCCAGGGAGGUGGGAGUUGUGGACUGAUGAGUUGAAGAUGGCGCCCACUAUCCCCAAGGAUGUGCAUUUCAACGAGAUCAUUGUUCCCACGGAGAACACAGUGCGCUACACAGCUCUAAUGGAGCUGCUUAUCACCCACCAGAAGCCCACCAUCUUCAUCGGCCCCACAGGCACUGGCAAAAGUGUCUACAUCAUUGACUUUCUGUUGAAUCGUCUGAAUAAGGAUCUAUAUAGCCCCCUGAUGAUUAACUUCUCAGCACAGACCACAGCCGCCCAGACACAGAACAUCAUCAUGUCAAAGCUGGAUAAACGCCGAAAAGGGGUGUACGGCCCGCCCAUGGGCAAGAGAACGGUGGUGUUUGUGGACGAUGUGAACAUGCCGGCCAGGGAGACGUACGGGGCCCAGCCCCCCGUGGAGCUGCUGCGUCAGUGGCUGGACCACUGGAACUGGUACGACAUGAAGGACUGCUCCAUGAUCAAGCUGGUGGACAUCCAGAUCAUGUGCGCCAUGGGGCCGCCCGGUGGUGGGAGAAACCCUAUCACAGCCCGCUACCUACGCCACUUAAACACGGUCACCAUCAACGACUUUGACGAGAAGACCAUGUACACAAUUUUCUCCAGAAUCAUGGACUGGCACCUCACUAUAAGGUUUGCUUUCCCCAAGCCAUUUGCAACACUGACCGCUCAGAUCAUCAAUGGCACAAUGUCUGUGUACCAGGAGGCCACCAAGAACCUGCUGCCAACCCCGGCCAAGUCCCACUACCUUUUUAACCUGCGAGACUUCUCCCGCGUUAUCCAGGGCAUCUGUCUGUCCCGACCUGAAACAGCUGAGAACCCCAGCGCCAUCAAGCGCCUCUGGGUGCAUGAGGUCCAGAGGGUGUACUACGACCGUCUAGUGCACGAUUCAGACCGGGCCUGGAUGGUGGGCUACCUCCAGGAGGUGUCCCAGUCCUACCUCAAAGAGGACUUCCACCAGCUCUUCCAGCACCUUGACCAGGACCAGGACGGGUGCGUGACGGAGGAUGACCUCCGCAGCCUCAUGUUCUGCGACUUCCACGACCCCAAGGGCGAGGACCGCAACUACCGCGAGGUGAACAACCUGGACCAGCUGCGGCAGGUGGUUGAGUCGCACCUGGAUGAGUACAACAACGUCAGCAAGGCGCCCAUGAACCUGGUGCUCUUCCGCUUCGCCAUCGAGCAUGUGUGCCGCAUCUCGCGCGUGCUCAAGCAGCCGCGCGGCCAUGCCUUGCUGGUUGGGGUGGGCGGGAGUGGGAGACAGUCUGUUACCCGGUUGGCCGCCCACAUGGCGGAGGCGGAGCUCUUCCAGGUGGAGAUUGCAAAGAGCUAUGGCAUGACGGAGUGGCGUGACGACCUCAAGCUGAUCAUGCGCAAGUCCACACAGGGCGACACGCACGGUGUCUUCCUCUUCACUGACACGCAGAUCAAGAUGGAGUCCUUCCUGGAGGACGUUAGCAACCUGCUCAACACUGGAGAGGUACCCAACCUGUUUGCGACUGACGAGAAAGCAGAGAUUUGCGAGCGCAUGCGUGUGCUUGAUCGUCAGCGGGAGCGCGACAAGCAGACGGAUGGCAGCCCGCUAUCGCUCUUCAACAUGUUCCUGGAGCGCUGCCGCUCGCAGCUGCACGUGGUGCUGGCCAUGAGCCCUAUUGGAGACACCUUCCGGAGCCGCCUGAGACGCUUCCCCGCCCUCAUCAACUGUUGCACCAUCGACUGGUUCCAGAGCUGGCCAGAGGACGCGCUGCAGGCGGUGGCCUCACGGUUCCUGGAGGACAUCGAGAUGACGGACGAGUCGCGAAUGGGCUGCAUUAACAUGUGCAAGAGCUUCCACACGUCCACCAUCGAGCUGUCGGCCUGUUUCCUGUCCGAGCUGCAACGACAUAACUAUGUCACGCCCACCUCCUACCUGGAGCUCAUCUCUACCUUCAAGGCUCUGUUGGAGAAGAAGAGAGCAGAAGUAAUGAAGCUGAAGCGCCGCUAUGAAGUGGGCUUGGAGAAGCUGGAGUCUGCAGCUGCCCAGGUAGCCACUAUGCAGGUGGAACUGGAGGCCCUGCAGCCGCAGCUGCGUGUGGCCAGCAAGGAGGUGGAUGAGAUGAUGGUGGUGAUUGAGCACGAGUCGGUGGAGGUUGCCAAGACGGAGAAGGUGGUGAAGGUGGAUGAGGCGGUGGCCAACGAACAGGCCAUGGCGGCCAAGGCCAUCAAGGACGAGUGUGACGCCGACCUGGCCAUCGCCAUGCCCAUCCUGGAGUCAGCCCUGUCCGCUCUGGACACACUAACCAACCAGGACAUCACAGUGGUCAAGUCCAUGAAGAGCCCUCCACCGGCGGUCAAGCUGGUGAUGGAGGCCAUCUGCAUCCUGAAGGGCCUGAAGCCGGACCGCAUCCCUGACCCCUCGGGCUCCGGCAAGAAGGUGGAGGACUUCUGGGGCCCGGCCAAGAAGCUCCUUGGAGACAUGAAGUUUCUUCAAAGCCUUCACGAGUAUGACAAGGAAAACAUCCCACCCCACCUCAUCGCCAUUAUCCGCAAACAGUACAUCACCAACCCAGACUUUGUCCCCGAGAAGAUCCGUACCGCCUCCACGGCCGCCGAGGGGCUGUGCAAGUGGGUGCGCGCCAUGGAAUCCUACGACAAAGUGGCCAAAGUGGUGGCCCCUAAGAAGGAGAAGCUAGCUCAGGCCGAGGGGGAGCUGAAGGUGGCCAUGGAGAGCCUGCGUAAAAAACAGGCUGCCCUCAAAGAGGUCCAGGACAAACUUGCAAAGCUGCAGCAGACACUGGAGGCCAACAAGAACAAGAAGGCUGACCUAGAGAAUCAGGUGAAAUUGUGCAGCAAGAAGCUGGAGAGAGCUGAGCAGCUGAUUGGUGGGCUGGGUGGCGAGAAGACUCGCUGGAGCGAGACAGCCUUUAACCUUGGGGACCUCUACACCAACCUGACAGGGGACAUCCUCAUUUCGUCAGCCAUCGUAGCCUACCUGGGGGCAUUCACCUCCAGCUAUAGACAGGCUCAGACCGAGGAGUGGAUGGAGCUGUGUAAGAGCAGAGACAUCCCGUGCUCCAGCAACAUGUCCCUGAUGAACUCGCUGGGCGAGCCGGUCAAGAUCCGCAGUUGGACCAUUGCCGGGCUGCCAUCGGACAGCUUUUCUGUAGACAAUGGCAUCAUCAUCUCCAAUGCCCGACGGUGGCCCCUGAUGAUCGACCCCCAGGGCCAGGCAAACAAGUGGGUAAAGAACAUGGAGAAGGCCAACAGUCUGCACAUCAUCAAACUGAGCGACGGAGACUUUGUGCGCACCCUGGAGAACUGCAUACAGUUUGGCACACCAGUGCUCCUGGAGAACAUUGGUGAGGAGCUGGAUGCCAUUCUGGAGCCCCUGCUGCUGAAGCAGACCUUCAAGCAGGGCGGUGCCAUCUGCAUCCGCCUGGGAGACUCCACUAUCGAGUAUGCCCCGGACUUCCGUUUCUACAUCACCACCAAGCUCCGCAACCCCCACUACCUGCCCGAAACUUCUGUUAAGGUGACUCUACUGAACUUUAUGAUCACCCCCGAGGGCAUGCAGGACCAGCUGCUGGGCAUUGUGGUGGCCAGGGAGAGGCCUGACCUGGAGGAGGAGAAACAGGCCCUCAUAUUGCAGGGGGCCGAGAACAAGAGGCAGCUGCAGGAGAUCGAGGACAAGAUCCUGGAGGUGCUGUCCUCUUCAGAGGGCAACAUCCUGGAGGAUGAGACGGCCGUCAAGAUCCUCUCCUCGUCUAAGGUUCUGGCCAACGAGAUCUCGGAGAAGCAGGCCAUCGCCGAGGUGACGGAGGUGAAGAUCGACGAGACGCGCAUGGGUUACACUCCCAUCGCUGUGCACUCUGCCAUCCUCUUCUUCUCCAUCGCAGACUUGGCCAACAUCGAGCCCAUGUACCAGUACUCGCUCACCUGGUUCAUCAACCUCUUCAUCGCUUCCAUCGACAACUCGGACAAGAGUGACAUCCUGGACAAGAGGUUGCAGAUUCUGAGGGACCAUUUCACCUACUCUCUCUACGUCAAUGUGUGCCGCUCGCUAUUCGAGAAAGACAAGCUGCUCUUCUCCUUCUGCCUCAACGUCAACCUGCUCAUGCACGACAAGCUGGUGGAUGAGAGCGAGUGGCGCUUCCUGCUAACAGGUGGCGUGGGCCUGGACAACCCCCACGCCAACCCUUGCACCUGGCUCCCCAAGAAGGCCUGGGAUGAGCUCUGCCGCCUCGAUGAGAUGAACUGCUUCAAGGGCCUGCGCAAGGACAUGUCCCGUAUGAAAGACGCCUGGAAGGAGGUGUACGAUAGCCCGACUCCCCACCACACACCUUUCCCAGCAGAGUGGCAGCAGAACCUUGGACAGUUUCAGAAGAUGCUGGUUAUACGCUGUCUUAGACCAGACAAGGUCAUUCCCAUGGUGCAGGAGUUUGUAUCGGACAGUCUGGGGCGUCAGUUCAUCGAGGCGCCCCCCUUCAACCUGGGGAAAGCAUUUGGGGACAGUCACUGCUGCGCCCCCCUCAUCUUCAUCCUCUCCCCCGGUUCUGACCCCAUGGCCGCCUUACUCAAGUUUGGUGAUGAGCAGGGCUUCAGUGGAAACAAGUUGACCUCUCUGUCUCUGGGCCAGGGCCAGGGCCCCAUCGCCAUGAGCUUGAUUGAGACGGGCGUGAAGGAGGGCACCUGGGUGGUCCUACAGAACUGUCACCUGGCCACCUCAUGGAUGUCCACUAUGGAGAGAGUGUGUGAGGAGCUGAACCCUGACACCACCCAUCCAGACUUCCGUCUGUGGCUGACCAGCUACCCCUCGCCCACCUUCCCUGUGGCAGUGCUUCAGAACGGGGUGAAGAUGACCAAUGAGGCGCCAAAAGGCCUCCGCGCCAACAUCGCCCGCUCCUUCCUCAUGGACCCCAUCUCCGACCCAGAGUUCUUCUCCAGCAGCAGCAAGCCGGGUGUGUUUAAGAGGCUGCUGUAUGGCCUGUGCUUCUUCCACGCGUUGAUCCAGGAGAGGAAGAAGUUUGGUCCCAUGGGCUGGAACAUUCCGUAUGAGUUCAAUGAAACCGACCUGAGGAUCUCUGUCCAGCAGCUCCAUAUGUUCCUGGAGCAGUAUGAGGAAGUUCCCUUUGAAGCCAUCCACUACAUGACUGGUGAAUGUAACUACGGUGGCCGCGUGACGGAUGACUGGGACCGGCGGACGCUGCGCACCAUCCUGACGAUCUUCUACACCCCCAAGAUUCAAGACCCUGACUACAAGUUUGACCCCAGCGGUCUGUAUUACUCACCACCAGAGGGAGACUAUAACAGUUACAUAGACUACACCAAGGCUCUGCCUCUGAAUCCGUCUCCUGAGAUUUUUGGUAUGAACGCCAACGCUGAUAUCACCAAGGACCAGUCCGAGACGCAGCUGCUCUUCGAUAGCAUUCUGCUCACACAGUCACGUUCCUCAGGCGGUGACGCCAAGUCAUCAGACGACAUGGUGUAUGACGUGGCGGCAGACGUCCUCAGCAAGCUGCCGCCCGACUUUGACAUUGAGGCAUCCAUGCGCCGCUACCCCACCAGCUACAACCAGAGCAUGAACACAGUGCUGGUGCAGGAGAUGGGCCGCUUCAACAACCUGCUCAGGAUCAUCCGAGGCUCCUGCAUCAACAUCCAGAAAGCCAUCAAAGGCCUGGUGGUGAUGUCUGGUGAGCUGGAGGAGGUGGUGAACAGCAUUCUGAAAGGUCGUAUCCCUGGCAUGUGGAUAAAGAAGUCCUACCCCAGCCUCAAACCCCUGGGCAGCUACGUCAAUGACUUCCUGGAUAGGCUCAAGUUCCUUCAGGACUGGUAUGAACACGGGACCCCGGCAGUAUUCUGGAUGUCAGGCUUCUUCUUCACCCAGGCCUUCCUGACAGGAGGCCAGCAGAACUAUGCCCGCAAACACACCAUCCCCAUCGACUUGCUGGGCUUCGACUUUGAGGUGCUGGAUGACAAGGAGUAUUGCCAGCCCCCCGAAGACGGUGUGUACAUUUAUGGGCUCUACCUUGACUGUGCACGUUGGGACAGAAAGACCAAGCUCUUGGCUGAGUCCUACCCCAAAGUGCUACAUGACGCCAUGCCUGCGAUGUGGCUGAAACCAAUCAAAAGGCAGGACAUCCCCCAGCGUAUGUGCUACCUCUCCCCCGUCUACAAGACCGGCGAGCGCCGCGGCACACUCUCCACCACUGGCCACUCCACCAACUACGUAAUCGCCAUGGCGCUCAACUCGGACGUGCCCGCCGAGCACUGGAUCAGACGAGGGGUGGCGCUGCUUUGCCAGCUCAAUGCAUAGACUUCCCCCUAUGCUCUGUUUUACACUUACUAUUUAUCCAGUUUUAUGUAAGAAUUGUUAUGAAAAGGAUGUUCUCUGGCUUGUUUUUUUUUUCACACAGUGCUUCAUGAAUGUAUUGCUGAGAAUAGUUUGUGAUAAUAUUUUAUUUUGAUGGGCUACGGAAGCAUACACAAAAGCACAAGUGAUGAGGAUGAGCCCAAAACCUCAUAGAUGCAACGCCUCUAUACCCACAAGCACUGGACAUUGAACAUCAGCCUUAAAAUCUUAAAAUUCGACACGGCUGAUUGCACAACAAUCAGAACUUUUAAAGUUCUUGAGUAGUCUGCCAACAAUGAUUGCCAUUACAUUUUCACAAUAAUUCUUGAUUUCUAAGAUGCAUCUGUACAUAGAGCAACGUUUUAGAGCAACACAACUUUCUUUAAACGAAUCAAAUUUUGUUUCAAAUUCUCCAAUGACAGAUGCAAACACAGAUUGUUCUUAUUCUAUCUUGUUCUGAGGGCAGCUCUGCAGAAUCAAAUGUGAUCUGAGAUGGGUCAUUCCACCACUAGAGCGCCUUUUUGCUAAGGUAAUUUGGUAAAAAAAAUAUAAACCGGUUCAAAUUCAUUAAAAAACAUGUUUUCCCAUCUCAAGAGUUUAAAUUAAGAAAAUAUACUAUAGUAGGUGUCAAUUAAAGUAACAGGAUUGAAGUUUUUAAAAAAUCUUAAAUCAACCAUAAUUGCUGUGUGCAACAGCGAUGGGGCAGGGAUGGGGCAAUACAAUGCACACUUCACAUUAAAAAUGAAAUUGUUAAAACGAUUCUAGUCUAUCUUUUCUAAUGACGGACAAACAUAAAUGAAUCACCAAUCACGUAAAAUAAGUAAUAAUCUUAAAAAAUGACUUGGCUCACGUCAACACCAUCAUGCCGGAAAUCCUGGACCCACUCCAAUUUGCAUACCGCCCCAACAGAUCCACAGAUGACGCAAUCUCAAUUGCACUCCACAUUGCCCUUUCCCACCUGGACAAAAGGAACACCAAUGCUGUUCAUUGACUACAGCCCAGCAAUCAACACCAUAGUGCCCACAAAGCUUAUCACUAAUCUAAGGACCCUGGGACUAAAAGGUUUAUAGCCGACCUCGGUACGGCAGAAGUUGUUAGCAGAAAAUAGAAUCCCCCCCAUUAUAGUGAAUGGAAAAAUUGAAAUCUUCGUGGUCAAUCUUCAUGUAUAUAAAACAUUUUUUUGAAAACAAUCAUGGUACCAUUAAUUGCUUCUAAUGCACCAGAUGUACUGUAUGUCCUUGAACUGAUUAUUUUAAAAUCGCACACAGAGAAAGUGAAUGGCAGCCUGCAGUUACUGAAUGAGAGGUGGCAGCAAUGAACUAGUUUGCAACGUCACUUCCUGGUAGCUCAAACUGCCCAUGUUAUGUCCCUAAGGUUGCAUUUACACAGGCAGCCAAAUUAUGAUAUUUUUUCCUGACUAAUUGGUCACAUUAGAUCUUUUCACAUCAGAUCUUUUUCAAAGUUCAUCUGAUUGGUCAAACUAAUAUCUAACAACUCACAACAAUACACACAGAUCUAAAAGUAAAUUAAUGGAAUUAAGAAAUAUAUAAAUAUUAGGUGGAGCAAUGUCGGAGUUCGGAGUAUAAAUAAUACAGUACCAGUCAAAAGUUUGGACACACCUACUCAUUCAAGGGUUUUUCUUUAUUUGUACUAUUUUCUACAUUGUAGAAUAAUAGUGAAUACAUAAACUAUGAAAUAACACAUAUGGAAUCAUAUACUAACCAACAAGGUGUUAAACAAAUCAAAAUAUAUUUUAUAUUUGAGAUUCUUCAAAGUAGCCACCCUUUGCCAUGAUGACAGCUUUGCACACUCUUGGCAUUCUCUCAACUAGCUUCACCUGGAAUGCUUUUCCAACAGUCUUGAAGGAGUUCCCACAUAUGCUGAGCACUUGUUAGCUGCUUUUCCUUCACUCUGCUGUUCAACUCAUCCCAAACCAUCUCAAUUGGGUUGAAGUUGGGUGAUUGUGGAGGCCAGGUUAUCUGAUGCAGCACUCCAUCACUCUCCUGCUUGUUCAAAUAGCCCUUACACAGCCUGGAGGUGUGUUUUGGGUCAUUGUCCUGUUAAACAACAAAUGAUGGUCCCACUAAGCACACACCAGAUGGGAAAUGCUGUGGUAGCCAUAUUGAAAAGUGUGCCUUGAAUUCUAAUUAAUCACAGACAGUUUCACCAGCAAAUCACCCCCAUACCAUCACACCUCCUCCUCCAUGCUUCACGGUGGCAACCACACAUGCGGAAAUCCUCCGUUCACCUACUCUGCAUCUCACAAAGACACAGCGGUUGGAACCAAAAAUCUCAAAUUUGAACUCAUCAGACCAAAGGACAGAUUUCCACUGGUCUAAUGUCGAUUGCUUGCGUUUCUUGACCCAAGCAAGUCUCUUCUUAUUAUUGGUGACCUUUUGUAGUGGUUACUUUGCAGCGUUUCGACCAUGAAGGUCUGAUUCACGCAAUCUCCUCUGAACAGCUGAUGUUGAGAUGUUUGUUACGUGAACUCUGAAGCAUUUAUUUGGGCCGCAAUUUCUGAGGCUGGUAACUCUAAUGAACUUAUCAUCUGCAGCAGAGGUAACUCUGGGUAUUCCUUUCCUCUGGCAGUCCUCAUGAGCGGCAGUUUCAUCAUAGCGCUUGAAGGUUUUUGCGACUGCACUUGAAACUACUUUAACAGUCCGGAUCUCCAGCGGCGAUCCCCAGUCCGGGGCAUCCAGCGACGAUCCCCAGUCCGGGGCCUCCAGCAAUGAUCCCCAGUCCGGGGCCUCCAGCGACGGUCCCCAGUCCGGGGGACCGUCGGUACGGUCUUUAUUAUUUUGGUUAGGCCAGGGUGUGACGAGGGUGGGAAUGCUAGUUUUUGUAUUGUAUAGGUUUUUGUAUAUCUAGGGGUUUUGGUAAGUCCAGGUAUAUGUAUGUCUAUGGUGGCCUGAAUUGGUUACCAAUCAGAGGCAGCUGUUUAUCUUUGUCUCUGAUUGGGGAUCAUAUUUAGGUUGCCAUUUUCCCUUUUGGUUUUGUGGGUUCUUGAUCUAUGUUUAGUUGCCUGUCUGCACUAUCCAUAUUAGCUUCACGGUUCGGUUUGUUAUUUUGUUCGAUUUGUUCAGUGUUCGUUCUUUUAAUAAAGAAGAAUGUACGCUCACCACGCUGCGCCUUGGUCUCCUCCUUACGACGGCCGUGACAGAUGGGAUGUUUAGACAUUAUGGACAGUAUGUGGAUAGAGUAUUUAGUAUACAGUUGAAGUCGGAAGUUUAAAUGCACUUAGGUUGGAGUCAUUAAAACUUGUUUUUCAACCACUCCACAAAUUUUUUGUUAACAAACUAAAGUUUUGGCAAGUCGGUUAGGACAUCUACUUUGUGCAUGACACAAGUAUUUUUUCCGACAAUUGUUUACCUCAAUUGGAGGUGUACCUGUGGAUGUAUUUCAAGGCUUACCUUCAAACUCAGUGCCCCUUUGCUUGACAUCAGGGGAAAAUACAAAGGAAUCAGCCAAGACCUAAGAAAAAAAAUGAUAGACCUCCACAAGUCUAGUUCAGUAAUUUCCAAACGCCUGAAGGUACCACGUUCAUCUGUACAAACAAUAGUACACAAGUAUAAACACCAUGGGACCACACAGCCGUCAUACCGUUCAGGAAGGAGACGCGUUCUGUCUCCUAGAGACGAACGUACUUUGGUGCAAAAAGUGCAAAUCAAUCCCAGAACAACAGCAAAGGACCUUGUGAAGAUGCUGGAGGAAACAAGUACAAGAGUAUCAAUAUCCACAGUAAAACAAGUCCUAUAUCGACAUAACCUAAAAGGCCGAUCAGCAAGGAAGAAGCCACUGCUCUAAAACCUUCAUAAAAAAGCCAGACUACGGUUUGCAACUACACAUGGGGACAAAGAUCGUACUUUUUGGGGAAAUGUCCUCUGGUGAAACAAAAAUAGAACUGUUUGGCCAUAAUGCCCAUCGUUAUGUUUGGAGGAAAAAGGGGGAGGGUUGCAAGCUGAAGAACACCAUCCCAACCGUGAAGCACAGGGGUGGCAGCAUCAUGUUGUGGGGGUGCUUUGCUGCAGGAGGGGCUGGUGCACUUCACAAAAUAGAUGGCAUCAUGAGGGAGGAAAACUAUGUGGAUAUAUUGAAGCAACAUCUCAAGACAUCAGUCAGGAAGUUAAAGCUUGGUCGCAAAUGGGUCUUCCAAAUGGACAAUGACCCCAAGCAUACUUGCAAAGUUGUGGAAAAAUGGCUUAAGGACAACAAAGAAUUGGAGUAGCCAUCACAAAGCCCUGACAGCUCUGUCAGGGGGAAUGGGCCAAAAUUCACCCAACUUAUUGUGAGACGCUUGUGGAAGGCUACCCGAAACGUUUGAUCCAAGUUAAACAAUUUAAAGGCAAUGCUACCAAAUACUAAUUGAGUGUAUGUAAACUUCUGAUCCACUGGGAAUUUGAUGAAAGAAAUUAAAGCUGAAAUAAAUCAUUCUCUCUACUAUUAUUCUGACAUUUCACAUUCUUAAAAUAAAGUGGUGAUCCUAACUGAUCUAAGAUGGGACAUUUUUACAAAGAUUAAAUGUCAGGAAUUGUGAAAACCGAGUUUAAAUGUAUUUGGCUAAGGUGUAUGUAAACUUCCGACUUUAACUGUAUCUGUAGAGUACGUAGGAUAGAAUAGUGUAUAUUUUCACUAAUAGUUGAAUAGGAUGACAUUGACUAGAAUACAGUAUAAACAUAUGAAAUGACUAGGUGCACAGUAUGUAAACAUUAUUAAAGUGACUAGUGAUACCAUGUCUAUGUAAAUAAGGCAGCAGCAGCCUUUAAGUUGCAGGGUUGAGUAACCGUGUGGUGGCCGGCUAGUGACAGUGACUAAGUUCAGGGCAAAGUACUGGGUAGAGUCCGGCUUGUGAUGGCUAUUUAACAGUCUCAUGGCCUUGAGAUAGAAGCUGUUUUUCAGUCUCUCGGUCUCUGCUUCGAUGCACCUGUACCCAAUCUCGUCUUCUGGAUAAUAGCGGGGUGAACAGGCCGUGGCUUGGGUGGUUGAUGUCCUUGAUUAUCUUUUUGGCCUU